UGAAGACUCAUAAAAUAGUUGUGCAAUCGUGUCCUGUCAAGUGGUGAAAGGGCCACAGGUUCAGCCCUGAAACCAAAGUGAGAGAGAGAGAAAGAGAGAGCCAAUAUUAGGCCUGUUCUUUGUAGCUGCACUACUGAACUAGUGCAAUAAGUUAGAUUGUUUGAGCCAUGGAGGAAGCGAAGUUCGCUCAUGGAGAUAUAUUUAACCGAAUAGAACGUGCUUUUCCGAUAGGUAAAGGAAAGGUACAUUUAAUAUACAUCGAAGAUGUGUGUACAGAAGAGGAAGCUGAAGACAUAUUGGCGAAUAUACGAGCUUUGAACCUGGCACAUCUGGUUGAGGAUCUCGUUAUUCAUAAGAUAGAGCAGUAUAUUCGUUGGUGUGUGGCACCAACGUUCUGGAAGAAGUUUGAGAACACAGAGGACAGCCAACGUGGUUUUGAGUUAUUCAAGUCCGCUGUGGACGAUCUAUAUACCAGUCUUACAGAGUUCCUACCACUUUUGAAGAGAUUAGAGCAUUUAAAGCAAGACAAACACGACAAAGAUUUAACAAUCAUCAGCAAUAAUGUACAAGCUCAGUUCAAACUAAUCGUGAGAGCGACGUUAUUAAGCCAGUUACCUCUUUUUCAUGAAUGCAUUGUGGAACAUUUCUACAAGAUUGCUUUCAAUGUAUUUUGCAACACGGAUAACUUGUCACAAACAGACAAUGAGGUGUUAUCGCUCAACGAGGUACAAUGUACAGGAUGUAGCCAGGAGCUAGAGAAAUGCCAAUGCCAGAUGAUAGUUUAUAUGUUCCACGAGACGAACAGGAAACUGAUUGAGCUGGAGUUGCUGGAAAGACUUGUAGGAAAUGUGCUUACGACAUUAAUUCACAUCCGUAUUGAAAAUCAUGUGAUUCAGUCCUGCGACAAGACCUUCGACGUGUCUCAACUAAUUCCGUUGGAAAACUGGCUUGAAAUAGUCGUCAUGAGCUGGUUGAUGCGUAUCUAUUCCGGCGGUUUCUCGAAAACAGUAGCACUCAGCGACGACGUUCGCAACGCCUUAAACACGUUCAAGCGAAAGUUGUCUCACUUCCUGUAUGAGACUUACAUCAAGAUCAGGGUUGAUCAUCUCUUUAGCAUAAUAAUAGAGUACCCGGAGUCGCAAGCCGCGGUGGAGGAUCUUCGCAUUUGCCUGGAACGGACCGAUUUACGUAGAUUUCUUGUCAGCACUCUGCAGGAGGCGAUCAAGACACGAUUGUUGCACCCCGGUGUAAAUACGCCCGACAUAGUGACCGCAUAUAUCGCCGCGAUUAAGGCGCUCAAGCACCUGGAUUCGACUGGAGUUCUUUUGGAGACCGUGACGGAGCCUGUCAAGACUUACUUAAAGAGUCGAGAGGACACCGUACGCUCCGUGGUCAACAGCUUACUUGACGACUCGCCUAGUGAAUUGGCCGACGAAUUGGCGAAGGGUGAGUGCCUGCAACUAGACGACGGUUCUGUGGACGACGAGACCGAGGAUUGGGAGAAGUGGAUGCCUGAUCCAGUGGAUGCCGAUCCUGGUAAAUCGACUCAACGCAAAGAUGUCGACAUAAUCUCGUCGUUGGUAAAUGUUUACGGCAGCCAAGAUCUGUUCGUCAACGAGUACCGCACGCUCCUCGCGGACAGACUAUUGUCACAACUGAAUUAUCAUACGGAGCGCGAGAUUCGUCAUUUGGAGCUGCUGAAAAGACGCUUCGGGGAGAAUCAGCUGCACUACUGCGAAGUCAUGUUGAAGGACGUGUACGACUCUAAGAGGAUAGACGGCAACAUCCACUCCGACACCAGCUACAACCUGCAACGCGAGCACUUCCCUACGUCAGCGCUUAUACUCUCCGCGCAAUUCUGGCCGCCGUUCAAAGAAGACUGGAAGCUGGAAUUGCCUAGCAUCGUGCAGGACCAACUGAACAAGUACGUGAAGGCAUUCGAGGCGUUGAAAGGUAAUCGAACGCUCUGUUGGAAGCCACACUUGGGCAACGUUAACUUGGAGAUCGAACUGAAAGGCAAGAAACUGGACAUAAACGUCACGCCGGUUCACGCGACCAUUAUCUUGCACUACCAAGACAAAAAUGAAUGGGCUCUGGAGGAUCUAGCGGAGGUGAUGCACGCACCACCGACCGUCCUGCGACGCAAGAUGGCUUUCUGGGUGUCGCAAGGUCUGCUGAAGGAGACCACGAAUGACGUGUAUGUGCUGCAGGAGGAGAACACAUACAUGAGUCGCUUGCCGGCGGACAUUGUCGAGGAGGAGGAGAUCGAGAGCGCGAUGGCCUCGGCUAGCGAUCAACGGGAAGAGGAGCUGCAGGUAUUCUGGUCGUACAUCGUCGGGAUGCUGACGAAUCUAGACUCGAUGCCGCUCGAAAGGAUUCACCAGAUGUUGAAAAUGUUCGCAUCGCAGGGACCGGGUACUGUGGAAUGUGGCUUGCCUGAAUUGAAGCACUUUCUUGAUAGGAAAGUCCGCGAGCAUCAGUUAUUAUUUACCGGCGGCCUGUACAGACUACCAAAGUCGAUAAUGUGAGAAAUUCACACGUUUCAUGAUGAUCGAUUUUUCGUUGAGCAUUUCAUAGUUACAGCUGAUAACAGUCGACAUGUAAGUCGAAAAAUAACUUGUAAAUAAUAAUAACUUGUAGUGAAAGUGAAGUACACAGUGAAGUGUGAUUGAUCAGUCAUUAUUUAAGUGAUAGUCAUUAAGCGAGAUCUGAUCUUUUGUACAAAGAGCAAUAUUCUUUUUCUCUAUAAUAAAAUUGAUACAAAUCGAA